GUUCUUGAUGAGUAUGUUCGUAUAGGUCUAGAAACAUGUAAAAAACUUCGAAUUUCACCUCACAUUGAGGAUUUACCCUACCAGGAUCGGCAAAGCCCAGGAUUCAGCGACUUAGCGAGGGUGGAUAUUUGGGGACCGGUGAAAAACCAUCUGGUGAUUCUUAUACAUGGUGGUUUCUGGCAGGAAGGUACUAGAAAAGCAAUUAGUCCAGCGGCAGUGAAUUUAGUGAAAAGAGGUAUUGCUGCGGCAUCAGUAGGAUAUAACUAUGCCAGCAGUGCUAAUCCAUUUCUGCUUCGAAUAUAUCCCAAAGCAAAGUCCGUAUCCUUAGUUGGCCAUUCAGCAGGAGCACAAAUGGCAUUUAAAGUGUUUUCCAACAUACGAUCUCCUCGUAUUGAAAGGUUGGUCCUGAUUGCCGGCAUUUACAAUUUGGAUGACCUUCCCAACUGCGAGAUCGGAGCUCUUAUAGGGUUAACUCCAGAAGAAGCCAAAAAGAACGCCUGUGAUGCGUCUGAGUUAGAAGGAACAAAUGUCAGAGUACUAAUGAUGGCUGCCAUGAAAGAUUCACCAAAACUCAUCGAGCAGAAUCAAGCAAUGGCGGAAUCGCUGAAGAGUAAAGGUGUCGCAGUUGAGUAUGAGGUUCGUUCAGGUAGCAAAGUUAAUGAGGAAAUCACGUAUUUUACUACGUAUCCAAACGCAUUUGGAACGUAG